GAUGAGCAGCCUCUCCACUGGGAAGUUCGGUUGUGUACCGCUGCUCCUGCAGGGAGAAAAAAAAUACUCUAUUAUAAAAAUAGCCUGUUAACAUUCUGCCAUAGGUGGAAAGCCUGGUUAUUAUGUUUGGAAGCAUUUACGCGACGUUUUUCUGUCAAUAUUCCGUCUUUUUUGGAGGAUUUCGGCUACUUACAGAGCAAGAAGUGAAGAUUCCGCGGAAGGAUACAGAUCACUGAAAUGGGAAACAUGAUACUUCUGUUGUUUCUGCUGCUGCACCUGCCAACAGAGCUGCUGUCCAUUCAGGUGGUCGUCCCAGAGACUGAGAGGUCAACAACGCUGUUUGGCUCUGUGACAAUCCACUGCGACUACUCAACAUCAGCCAACCCUCAGGAGGUCCUCGUCUCAUGGAAGUUCAAGUCCUUUUGUAAAGAUCCGGUCUUGGAGUAUUACUCCACAGCUUAUCAGGCGGCUCUGCAGCUCGGCCAGGAUCCGGCCAAUGACUGUCCAGACAGCCAGCGAACAGUUCGCACUGUCAUCCAGAAGAGGGGAAUCAAUCAGCCAAUGCUGGGAGCAGAGUACAAAAAUCGCAGAAUCACAAUUCAGAACAAUGCAGAUUUAGUGAUAAAUGAGGUGAUGUGGUGGGAUAACGGCAUGUACUACUGCAGCAUCGAGGCUCCUGGGGACACUACGGGUGACUCGGAUCGAGAAGUCAGGCUCAUUGUUUACCACUGGCUCACUGUCCUGUUCAUCAUCAUCGGCGCAUUGUUGCUCAUUAUGCUCUUCUGCAUAUGCUGCUGUCAGUGCUGCCCACAAAAGUGCUGCUGCUAUGUCCGCUGUCCCUGUUGUCCUCAGACCUGCUGUUGUCCUGAAAAAGCGGUAAUGCAGCACCGGAUGCUGAAAGAAGCUCAGAAAGCCAUGGGUCCCUGGAUGAACGGUCAGCCUAUUUACACAAACAUCAGCAAUGCCUCCUCCCAGGGUGUUCCCUUGCUCUAUUCUGUCCCAGCUUCCAUAUCAGACUACUCAACGAAACAAAACCUCUCUAUGACUCCCAUGCAUUUGGCACCAAUGGCCCCGCAGCAGCAGCACCACACUUCACAUCCACAAUACAUGGCGAACAGCAGCCUUCGAAGUAGCGUUCAAGGAGCCAACCCAAUGUUGGACUACCUGGAGAACCAGGUGAGAGGGCUUGAUGUGAGCCCUCCUCAAAUGGCACCACACAACGUUCGAAACAUGACGCCUUCGCAGCCCCGUCUGCAGCCUCAACCCUCUCCUCCAGCGGUGCCCUACGCCCCUGGUCCGCCCAGCAUGUUAUCAGCUCUGGACGAGAUGGGGGUGAGGGGGAUGGAGAGAAGGGUGAUCACUCUGCCUCCAAUCAUCCAGCGAGUCCCCAGCUUUUCCUCCCGCAGGGACACAGCUGGAGGAAAUGGGGCCAGGGGGUAUCCAAGAAUGUCCAGUCAGUCUAGUGGCAGCACCAACCGCUCAGGAGGGGGCCAACAGCGAGACAGACAUGGGUACAGAAGCAGGGACGACCCUCCUCCAAGAAGGGGGAUACUGCGUGAAUACAGUGACGAUUCAGACUGGGAUAACCAGGGAGGAAGAGCAACGCAUGGGGGGUCAAGGAACGAGAGGAGAGGGCGAGGGUCCAGGCCACGCACCCGAAGCCGUGACGACCUAAUGGAGGAGCUGCAUAGCAGAUCAGCAAGGAGAGAGAGGAGCUACUCUCCUCCUCGGCACCGCACAAGGUCCUGGAGCUCGGAUGAGGAGGUCAGCACCAGGAGGAAAGGACGCAAAGUGAAGGAUUGGCCAGAAAAACCUCCCAGCUACUACUCCAGUGAGGUCCAGCCUGGUCGCAGGAACUACGACCGUCUUUCUGUAAGAUCCUCACCUACUGCUGAUACAUACAAUGAACCAGCAGUGUGUUAAAACAUAACCCCUGUGUGCUGUAUUUUCUGAUCUGCCUUUAGUUUGUAGUCUCCAUGUGAGAGCUUUGGCUUUGAAAGGCAGGACGGGUUUUCCCGGAAAGCCAACAGUGUCAACAUUUAGAUCAGUUUAACACUCAGUUUAGUGGAGCGUUAAUAAAAUUCCCCUUCAGUUGUUAAAUAUACUCCAAAUAUACAGAUUACCUAAAACCCUGCAGAUUCGGUAUGAGCUGAUGAGUACUUCUUUUCUCUCAAGUAGGAGCAUCAAAGAUGUCGGGACAUAAAAAUAUUGACCAGCAUUCAUAAAUCUAUGAAUGUUGAACCAGAAAUGUGUGUACCUAAAUGUAGCGUUGCCACAUCUUGUGAAAUUUUUUCUGCAAAUGUCUGAAAACUUGGCCUUUAUAAAUGGCCUCUGCAGACUACAGAGCUAAAUAAUCAGACUUCUCACUAUACUAUUUCUAGGAAUGGCAAAGACUGCUUUACUCUUGAUUACGCUUUAGUAAAAUGACAGAAAAGCUGCAACACCAUCACAAUCCAGUUGGUGGUUUAUAAACGUUUUCGCCUUUCUUUGUACGGCUGUGAUAAAAGAAAGUUAGCAAAGCAUACAUGUGCAAGCUUCAUUGUGACUAUUCCACAGAUCUCUCACACUGCCCCCAAGUGGCAGCAGGUGGGUACAACACAUAUGUGCAAAGCUAAUGCUGUAAAUUUCUGCAGUCAUAGCUUUGAUUUCUUCUUCUUUGUUUUUUUUCUGUGUGGCUUUUUCCAUGUGGCGAUCAUAGUAGUUCUGUUUUAGACUCUAAUCUCUGCUUUUUCACCUUUUUCUCUCUUAGGAUAGAGGCUCCCAUAGCAGUACCAGCGUAGUCAUCUGAAACAUUUCUUAUUUUUUCCUCACUGUUUCCACAUCGGUGAAAUGAAGGCGUUUGAAGCUGCAGCUGUUUAACAAACUGAAGUAAACUGCUUUACAGGCAGUGUGUGUAAUAUGUGCAUAUUUGAACUGCACUUCCAUUGUGUGUAAUUACUGCUAUAUAAAGAAAACCAUGUUCAUUUCCAUUUAAAUUAGCUGGUUAUGUGAAUCUUUUAUGUAUUGUCUGUGUGUGCAUAUUUCUGUGGUGAAAGACAUUAUCUUAAGAAUGAUUUAAAUCUAUAGUUUUCACAAAUUUUUAAACAUGCAUGUAUGACUAUAACAGCGCCUUCACAUCAGACCUGAUUCCAAUUGGCAGUUCUAGACAUGGGCCAGUGGGUCUAUAGAACUGGUCCUGGACCCCCAUUAAGGCCCCUUUACUACUACAUAAUACAACAUUUAAUAAAAAUAAAUUAUAUGUCCUGGGAAAAAAACUGCUACGGAAAAGUCAGUUUAAUCUUUUUUUAUUUUAGUUUUAUUUGAUUUAAAAAAUUAAGUAGUUGCCUUUUUAGCUUCGAUAAUCCCUAUAAGAUCACUAGUUUUGUCUUCUAGAUAUGAAGUUUCCAGACUUGCAAAUGGCUGGUUUGCUUGAUAUAUUAAGUGAACCAAAGAACGUCUCACUUUUUUUGGUUCCAUUCUUUUAUUCUGUGCCCCCAUUUAAAAAUAAAAAAAAUGGCCCACCAUGGCCCCCCUGGUAAAUUUGUUCUCAAACCGCCACUGGUGAUUGCAGUGACAAAAUCUCCCCAUUUAGAUGCUGUGACUCUCCUGUCAUGUAGACAGCAGUUUGACAAACUCCACUCCAGCUGCUACACCCACAGCUGUAAAUUGAAGGAGCUUCUACCUCCUGCUCAGCAUGGAGGACCUGGCGUGACACUGCAAACAAAGGGAGCUGAUUGACAUUCCUUACUUCAGCCUAUGUCGGCAUUUAUUUUUUUUUCUAUCUUUAAUGUUAAUUGACAAAAUGUUUCGUUUCCAAUGUGCUCUUUCACUCUGUCAAAGCCUCAUCAGCACUGAUAGUUUGUCUCAAUGCAACAAGACACAGAAGUUCAGUUUCUCCAACUCCAGGAACUGUUGCUUCCCAUCCAUCAUAGGUGUUAUGUUCCUCCUGUCUCACUGUAAUUCCCAAAAUUGUGCCUGUUGCAUCUCUAGAAACCCUGCCUGUUGCAAUUCAAUGUUCAGUGCAAAUGCAAAACUCAGCAGCUGCAGUAGAAAGCAGAAGAAAAAAACCCUCUAAAAUACUGUAUAAAUGUGAUCUUACCUAAUCAUUUCUUUUGUAAUGGAUGAAGUGAUGUAUAAGAUAUGUUUUAAUAAAC